CAAAAAAUCGAAGAGAGCGAGCGACAAUGGUGAAAUGUAUGAAGCCAGGGAAAGCUGUGAUCCUCCUACAAGGACGAUACGCCGGUAAAAAGGCAGUGAUCGUGAAAUCCUUCGACGACGGUACCGAUGAGAAACACUACGGUCACUGCCUCGUCGCCGGAUUGAAGAAGUACCCAAGCAAAGUCAUCCGCAAGGAUUCGGCGAAGAAGACGGCUAAGAAAUCACGCGUGAAAUGCUUCUUCAAGUUCAUCAAUUACCAGCACGUGAUGCCUACGCGCUACACCUUGGAUUUGGAUCUGAAGAACGUUGUCUCCGGCGACGCGAUCUCGUCCAAGGAUAAGAAAGUGACGGCUCUUAAGGAAGCGAAGUCGAAGUUUGAAGAGAGGUUUAAGACUGGGAAGAACAGAUGGUUCUUCACCAAGCUUAGGUUUUGAAUUCUACAAAUUAAUUUAGUUUAAAGUU